UCAACUUACUACCCACUUAACCACUUCCAUUUUACCUUUCUUUCUGCAGCUGAUACUUUUCUUUCAUUAAUUCUCUCUUUCUUGAAUCUUGAUUGAUUCUGUUUGAUCACCCUUUUCUUGUUCAAUGGAGCAGUUUGAUGGUCUGGGAUCAAUUUCUGGUGUUUUUAGCUUGCUUUUCUUUGGUUUUACCUUACUGUUCUCUCUUUUUUCUUUGUUAAUCUUUCUGCUGAGGCAAAAACCAUGGUGUAAUUGUGACAUUUGCAAGAGUUAUAUCACUGCCAGUUGGGCUAAAGAGUUUGUUAAUCUUUGUGAUUGGUAUACUCAUCUACUCAAAAAAUCACCAACUGGUACAAUUCAUAUCCAUGUUCUUGGCAAUAUCAUUACUUCCAAUCCUGAAAAUGUGGAGUAUAUUCUCAAAACCAACUUUGAAAACUAUCCAAAAGGUAAACCUUUCUCUGCUCUUUUGGGUGAUCUUUUGGGUAGAGGUAUUUUCAACGUGGAUGGUGAUUCUUGGAGAUUUCAAAGAAAAAUGGCCAGUUUAGAAUUGGGUAGUGUUUCUAUAAGAAUGUAUGCUUUUGAGCUCAUAAUGAGUGAAAUCAAAAGCAGGCUUAUUCCUCUCCUGUCUUCAAUUUCUUGUGACAAAGAUCAACAGGGUAUUGAUUUACAAGAUGUGUUUAGAAGAUUUUCUUUUGACAACAUUUGCAAAUUUUCUUUUGGAUUAGACCCUGGUUGUCUAAAACUGUCUCUACCCAUUUCUGAAUUCGCACUUGCUUUCGAUACUGCAUCAAAGUUAUCAGCAGAAAGAGCACUAGCAGCAUCCUCAAUGAUAUGGAAGAUGAAAAGGUUCUUAAACAUAGGAUCAGAGAAGAAACUCAAAGAAGCAAUACAGAUGGUGAAUGAACUCGCAGAAGGAGUGAUUAAUCACAGGAGAAAAGAAGGAUGUAUGGAUAACAAAGAUCUCUUAUCAAGGUUCAUGGGAUCAAUCAAUGAUGAUAAGUAUCUUCGUGAUAUUGUCAUUAGUUUUCUUUUAGCAGGUCGGGACACUGUUGCUUCAGGUUUGACAAGUUUCUUUUGGCUCUUGUCAAAACACCCACAAGUUGAAUCGGCAAUCAGAGAGGAGUCAGACCGGGUCAUGGGAUCGAGCGAAGAGCUUACAAGCUAUGAACAAUUGAGAGAAUUGCAUUAUCUGAAUGCUGCUGUUUAUGAAAGCAUGAGACUGUUCCCUCCUGUUCAGUUUGAUUCAAAAUUCUCUCAAGAAGAUGACAUAUUGCCUGAUGGUACAUUUAUUAGAAAAGGCACUAGGGUUACAUAUCAUCAAUAUGCGAUGGGAAGGAUGGAGAGAAUUUGGGGUCAAGAUUGUCUUGAAUUCAAACCUGAAAGAUGGUUAAAGAAUGGUGUUUUUGUGCCUGAAAGCUCAUCCAAGUAUCCUGUUUUUCAUGCUGGAUUUAGGGUUUGUUUAGGAAAGGAAAUGGCAUUAGUAGAGAUGAAAAGUGUAGCUCUUACUAUGAUCAGAGCAUUUAAUGUUCGGGUUGUGGAUCCAAAUCAAGUUCCAAGAUUUUCCCCAGGUCUCACCGCCACCAUGAGAGGUGGUUUACCAGUGGUGAUUCAAGAAAGGGAAACAUGAUCCAUCUUAGGGCACCAUUGUUCAUUAGGCCAUGCAUAGCCAGUAAAUCAUGUGGGGCCUGAUAGAAUAAUGUACAUAUAGAAUGUGCUGUUGAUCCCCCAAUGGAUCAAAACAAAUUUUAGCAUGUGCCCUUGAAUUUGGUGACCAUUUUCUGUACAUAUAUCUUAAUAGUAUUAAUUAGUACAACUGUUGCACGGUUCCUUUUA